AUGGAUGAUCGCUUCUACUACUCUGGCGGAAGUGUGCGCGAUUUUACAUUGCCUACAUGCAUGGACAUAAUCAAGGAAAUGGACGAUGCGAUAAAUUGUGUAAAGGACGCCUCGAACUUGCUUAACAGUAUAGCCAACAUUUCGACGGCGAGAUCACAAGUUGAUCAUUUGCGCCAUACAUUCUUAAAAAAAACAGAAGACAUAGCUCCGCUUUACUCGUCAAGGUGGUGGGAUCCGUUCGUAUAUAUCUCGUGUUGGGAAGAUAUGAUUGAUUCGGAAUAUGUUGUGCGUUGUCUCUCAGUGAGACUGCGAUCGGGCGCACUGUCUAAAAUGUAUACGUGGGCGAAAAAUAAUGGAAACAAUUCACUCACCAGUGCCGUUUUUGAGAUUCUUCUACAUCGCCUGGCUGCCGACAACGAUUUGGAUCUCUAUAUUAUCGAGUAUGAUCCGCCAGAAAAUGGGUCGCGUCAGCUCAAAAUGGAGCGGGUGCACUUGGAAGACCACGAUGCAAUUUGCUCCGGAAGGGCAGCCGAUCCUAUGGCCCAUCUGACCACAUGGAGAGAUGAUGAAAGGUUCUCGUACUGGUUUCUUGGAUUUAACGGUUAUCCGGAUAUCAGCAGCAUUGUAAAGCUUAAGUCUACAUCCGACAAGAAGGGCAAUGUAGCGUAUCUUCAAUUUACUGUCGCGGCACAGCAUGACAUUGACGACAACCAGCUGAAAGAAAUGAACAAGAUUUUUUACCCAGAAGAUGUGAAGAGUGCUGGUGAUACCGAGCAACCAAUUUACAUCGCAGUUUGUCCAGAUCUUGAAUCAUGCAAAGCGCUUGUCCUGGAUCCAGCAACAGUUUCAGCAGCGAGAGAAGUUUGUCGAGUGUUUGUGGGCUACCCACUGGCAUAUUAA